ACCCACCUCAAGUCCAACGACUAAUAGAACAUAGAACUUCCGAAUAAAUUUUCCCUCCUAUCUCUCUUUUUUUAUAUCCCACCAGCUACAAUACCUCAUCUACACUCCCACAUCGUUCUUCUUUCCAUUUCGGCCAUACGAGUGAACCGCCGGGCGAUUCCGCACCGAGUUUUCCUGCCUCCACUGUCGGAGUUAACCCCACAUCCAUCCGCCUUGCCUCGUGCUUGCAGCCCGAAAGCCCACACCUUCUGCGACCUCGGGCCAGACGUGUUGGUGUCCGAACCGGCUUACGCGCACUAGCGAAACACCUAGGCGAACCAGAGAGGUUUUUUUUUUUUCAUUGAGACCGAGGUCGGCCAACCGCCACGAUGUUGAAAAUAUGGUCUAUGAAGAAGGAGCAGCAGAAGGCAGAGAAUGCCUCUGAUGGCGCGUCAGGGGGGGGGCCAAAGAAGAAGAAGGUGACGGCGGCCCAAUUACGAGUGCAAAAGGACCUCUCCGAGCUCUCCCUCGGCAGCACGAUGUCGACCGAGUUCCCCGACCCAGACAACAUCCUUUUCUUCAUUCUCUACAUCGAGCCCGACGAGGGCAUGUACAAGGGCGGCCGGUUUAGCUUCACCUUCAAUAUCACACCGUCGUUCCCGCACGAGCCGCCAAAGGUGCUCUGCCGGGAGAAGAUCUACCACCCCAACAUCGACCUCGAGGGCAAGGUGUGCCUGAAUAUCCUGCGCGAAGACUGGAAGCCGGUGCUGAACCUGAACGCGGUCAUUGUGGGGCUGCAGUUCCUGUUCCUGGAGCCCAACGCCAGCGACCCGCUCAACAAGGAGGCGGCCGAGGAUCUGAGGAACAACAGGGAGGGAUUCAAACGGAACGUGAGGCAGGCCAUGGCCGGGGGGACCGUGCGCGGGGAGACGUACCAGAAGGUGCUGGUCUAGGUGAAUGUGGCCCCGGAGGGCGUCCAGGGCGGAGGAGUGGUCGGGCCCCCCCCAGCGGACAAUCAUCAGCGGCGAUACAGUUGAUUGAUAUGAGCUCGUCGAACACGCUUCCGCCAGGCAACGCUGUUGACCAUGGACCGGAAAUCAUUCCGGUCCUCACCGAACAGGGCGACGUCGUGUUCGAGGAAGUGCCGAUGGCCAGCAGCAGCCUGAAGCCGGAGAGCGAAUGAUACUUGUUGCCUGUGGGGAGCAAUGGAGGCCGGGGGAGUAGGGAGGCAUGGCAGCAGCGGCGAGAGAGGAGGUGCUUGCGGCGUUGAUAUCUAUGACUACGAAACGAAUUGAUUAAUGGCCGGCGUCUUUUAUCGAGCUUGAAACAGUUCGUCCCCUUCUGGGUCUGGG